UACAGAUUCUUCUUAGUGUUCUGAGUUUGCAAAAGAUUGAAGCAGCAACAAACUUCCUCAUAUCUUGGAUCCAAGAAAGCAACAUAAACCAGGUUCUUUCUCUUUAGAUGAAGAAGGGAAGCUGUCACUUCAAAGCCCAGACUCCUUUUUCACCUUGAAGCUCUGAUUGGUUACUUAAGGAAAUACAGAUUUACACCCUCAACUAAUAACUGAAGAUUUUUAAUAAACAAAAUGGAAAGAAACUUAAAGAAUGUUCUUGUGAUUGCCUUUGGAUUUCUGCUAUUAUUUACAGCAUAUGGAGGUCUUCAGAAUCUACAGAGCAGUCUUAAUGAUGAGGAAGGACUAGGAGUGGCUACACUCAGUGUUGUCUAUGGAGCUCUGAUCCUGUCUUCCAUGUUCCUUCCUCCAAUUCUCAUUAAGAAAUUUGGCUGCAAGUGGACCAUUACAGCCUCCAUGUGCUGCUAUAUCGCAUUCUCUUUGGGAAACUUCUAUGCCAGCUGGUACACCUUGAUCCCCACCUCCAUCAUACUAGGUCUUGGAGGAGCUCCACUGUGGUCAGCCAAAUGCACUUAUCUUACAAUUAGUGGAAAUGUGUAUGCACAGAAAGCAGGAAAACUUGGGAAAGAUGUCAUCAACCAGUAUUUUGGCAUCUUCUUUCUUAUAUUUCAAUCAUCUGGUGUCUGGGGGAAUUUGAUUUCAUCUCUGGUAUUUCAACAGGAGCAGACCAAAGGAGAAAUCCCAGAAGAACAACUGAUGCAUUGUGGAGCUAGUGAUUGUUUUAUAAGCAACACAUCUACAAAUAGUACUAAGCGUCCAACAAAUGAAUUAAUUUACACACUGCUGGGCAUCUAUACUGGAAGUGGAAUUUUGGCAGUGUUACUGGUAGCUGUAUUUCUUGAGCAGAUCCCAAAUGAUCAACUGGAAAGUACAGAUGAAAAGGAAAAAGCCUCUUUUUGGACCAAUUUCCUGGCAACUUUCCGGCACCUUAAAGAUAAACGACAAUGUCUCCUCAUUCCACUGACAAUGUAUAGUGGAUUUGAACAAGGAUUCCUUUCUGGUGAUUAUACAAAGUCAUAUGUCACCUGUGCCCUGGGAAUACAAUAUGUUGGCUAUGUGAUGAUCUGCUUUUCGGCCACCAAUUCCAUCAGCUCUAUGCUAUUUGGAAAGCUCUCCCAGUAUACUGGUAGAAUAGCUUUGUUUGUACUAGGUGCAAUAAUACACUUUUCCUGUAUUAUCUCCCUUUUGCUGUGGAAACCUCACCCUAGUCAGAUGCCUGUAUUCUUCAUAUUUCCUGCCCUCUGGGGCAUGGCAGAUGCUGUUUUGCAGACACAAACCAAUGCCAUCUACGGAGUUUUAUUUGUGAAGAACAAGGAGGCUGCUUUUGCCAAUUAUCGCCUUUGGGAAUCCCUUGGAUUUGUCAUUGCUUUUGGAUACAGCACAUUUUUGUGUGUUGAUGUCAAACUCUAUAUAGUACUUGCAGUACUGAUUUUGUCAAUGGUGACGUAUGGGAUUGUUGAGUAUCUGGAACGUGGGAAGCCAUCUGAGACAAUUGCUGAAAAAAAGCAAAGUCAAACAGAAGAAAAAUUUAUUCAAACAAAAAUAUAAAAAUGACAAGGUGUUUGAGGAGAUAUAAUAAGAAAGCCUCAGAAUGGUUUUUCUCUGUAGAAGCACCAAAGGAUUAAAUUGUUUUCUCAGAACAGUUUUAGCAUUAGUCACAAUACUUCAAUGUAUCUGUGAUCUCAUGGGGUAAGUAUUCUCUCCCUCCACUGGCACAGAUCAUAACCCAUCUAUGCCUUUUCAGAUGGUGUAAUUCUUGUCCAUAUGCUCCCAUAAAUCUUCCACAGGGAAUUUGUGCAAUGUUCUGGAAACAUUUUUCUAGACCUUUUUAUACUGAGAUUAGGAUGGAUGUAAUACUAUUACACUAUUCAUCUAGUAUCCCUUCCUUUUGCUAUUUGACUGGCCUACCUCCUUUUUUUAUCAUACAUUUUAUGUUGUAUGUCUUAUGGAUCAUUGUUGGAGAUAAGUUUCAGCCCAUUUUGAUCCAUCUUUGCUUUUUGACUCUUAGAAGAUUGUGAUAUUCAGAGAUUCAAAAGUAUACAGCUUUACUGAGAGAAAUUUUGUAUAAAAGAUUUGGAUCUUGAAAAUACGUCAUUGAAAGUACAACACAAUCUUCUAAAGGCAACACAUCCCUUUCUCUUCUUCCUAUUCAACCAUGGGUCCAAUUGUCCUUAUAUUUACCUGAGUAUUAAGUACAUACAAUAACCAUCUAAUUUUUUGUCACAGUCUAAAUGGGCAUUUUAAUUCUUUCAUUUUUUUCCUGGAUAGAUUGUUAUAUCAAUCAUAAUCAUGAACAUAACAGAUAAGGUGCUGAAUACCCCCCAAAAAUCGAAUCAAUAUUACCUUCAAGGGGAAAUAUACAGAGGACUUAACAUAUAUCAAUAUAACAAGUUCAAGGGUCAUGGGAUUAGUCAUAUUUACUUUUAGGCUACCUCCCAGCCUCUAGAAUCAUCCAAAGAUAAUUCUGGAUUUUUUUUUAGUAAUUAAUAAACAAUAUAUUCUCCUUCAUUAAGCAUUAUUUAUUUAAUAAAUUGGAGAAACCUUUCUCUCAUAAAGGAUUACUUAUUUAUUAAAACAACUAAUCUCAUGGAUUUAAAUAAAUAUCAGAAAUAUUAGCUAUAUAGUUGAAUGGCAAUGUAAGCAUGAUAAGAUGACAUAAAUAUUUACAAAGUUUUGAGAAAGUUUCAAGGAUCAAAUAUUGAUUAACAGUGUUAAAUAUUAUGGAAAAGUCAAGGGAGGAGCUAAGAUGAUACAGUUAAAGGAUACAUGCUAGCUAAGAUGUCUCAAUAUUCUUCUCUAAACAACUAAAAUAACACAUCAAAUAGAAUUCUAAAGUUACAUAACCAACAAAAAGUCAGAACAAAAUAUACUUCUAAGCCAGGAAUUUAAGACAGAAAGAGAGGUCUAUAUUACUGAAAUAGAAACUGUUCAGGAGUAUAGUUCAGCAUUGAUGGCAGCUUUGGCCCUUGAAAUCAGCAGUGAGACAGUGGUAGCAGUGGUAGAAGCAGCAGCAUAGCCCAGACACAGUAAAAGAAAUGAACACCUCAUCAGAAAGAAAUUCCAGACUAUUCUUGAUGUCAUUUGGCAAAUCCACUACCCAUUAUCCAAUUCUAGGUCACAGUUCCAAAGCAAAGAGAAGCUCUUGUAGAAGCAAAAGAGCAGAGGUCUACAUGGGUACACAAUGAAAUUCCAGAGACAAGAGAAGUUUUGGCUGCAAGAGAGUAGGGGCUAUAACUGUGUAAAAAUUACAACUCAAACAAGGAGAGCAGUGAUCACACCACUCCCUGAAUCACACCACCUCGAAAGCAUAAAAAUGUUACAAUCCAUCAUAACUAUCUAUGAAAACAGUAGGGCAAAAAAAGUCUGAAACAUGGGUCAGUGAUCCCACCCCAA